AUAAAUUCGAACGUUUAAAAAUUUGUCUAUAAUAUUGGUAUCCUUGGUUGGAGUCGAGUUAGAGACUUGAAAGUUGUGUAAGUACGUGUUCUUUCGGUGCCAUCACUGGACACCUAUAUGAUACAUUGACUAGUGGUCUGUGCACAUUGUACCUUUGGCCAACAUGGCGGCUUCAUUGAGUCGGGUUUGUAAGUCUGGUCUUUUAAAGACAAAUUAUGGAACGUUAUUUAAUCAGCCGGUACAUAAUUUUUCCACUGCAAACCAAUGGUCUAGGGGUAGGAAAAUGUUAUUGACUUGCUUGGGAGUAACAGCAGGAGGUAUCAGUGCAUUAAUUUAUGCCUUGGAUAGUUCUGUAAAAGCUUCUGGUCUAGUAGCUCAUGCACCAACUUAUAAAUGGGACUUUUACGGAAUAUUAUCUGCGCUUGAUCAUCAAAGCAUGCGACGAGGCUGGGAGGUAUACAAAAAUGUAUGUUCAGCUUGUCACAGUUUACAAUAUAUAGCUUACCGGCACCUUGUUGGUGUUACGCACACUGAAAACGAAGCCAAAGAACUUGCAGCAGAAGUUCAGAUACAAGAUGGUCCUGAUGAAACAGGUGCAAUGUUCAUGCGCCCUGGUAAAUUGUCUGACUAUGUUCCAUCUCCAUAUCCAAAUGAAGAAUCUGCUAGAGCAGCUAAUAAUGGUGCUUAUCCACCAGAUCUAUCCUUUAUUGUCAAUGCAAGGCAUAACGGAGAGAAUUAUAUAUUUUCAUUGUUAACUGGUUACUGUGAACCACCAGCUGGUAUUCAAAUAAAGGAGGGUCAGUAUUUCAACCCGUACUUCCCAGGAGGAGCUCUUGGUAUGGCGCAGGUCAUCUUCGAUGAAGUGUUGGAAUUUGAAGAUGGAACCCCUGCAACUGCUUCUCAAAUAGCGAAAGAUGUUACCACAUUCCUUACGUGGACAUCAAAUAGCGAACACGACGACAGAAAGAGAUUAACCAUAAAGGGGGUUGCUGUAUUUGGAACUCUGAUUGGUAUACUAGCGUAUGCAAAGAGACAGAAGUGGACAAUUAUAAAGAGUACUAAACUACUUUACACACCAAGACGCAAACAGUAAAUUACUUCUGAAUACAGAUUAAUUCAGUGAUUAGCUCAAUUAAACCUGAUUCGGCAAUGUUAGCAUCCUGUAUUGGAGUGUAGUUUUAUAACUUGUUUGGAAGUUGCGGCAUCUAUGAGAACGUAGUUGUACGCAAACUGACAUUCAUUCGCAUUAUCGUCAAUCCAACGUCGAUCAAUUUACGCAUUGUACAUACAACUACAACCAAUGAUACCAUCGUCUGGUUUAAAUAAAUUGUUAAACACAU